AUGGCUGAAGCGAGUCUUUUCAUCAAACACGAAUCCGACGAUCAUAUCAACCCUUUCAUGAUGUCGCACUCUGGUUACUCCAUGGGUAACCAGUUCGGCAACCACCCCAACGAGGGCGUGGACCCCUCCGAUUUGACCGUGCAGCAGCAGAAUGGUUUCAUGCCCUACCCUUAUGGCUCACAACAAAACAUGUCCAACAGCUUCAACUUUGGAAACUCUGGCAUCGACACGGAUGAGCUGCUGGAUCUGGAAAUCACCGGCCAGAAUGGUCACCAGCGGGAUAACAUGAACUACCUCCAAGACCAGUCCGCUGGUGGUAUCGCCAUGAGCCACCAGAGCCAGAUGUCACACAUGUACUCAAACACACCCGACAAUGCGCCGAUGGCUAGUCCUUUCGUCCAAAACAGCUUCGGCUUUGACCAAUAUCGGAUGAACCAGCAGAACCCGCACAUCCAGAAUGCGAGCUCUUUCGACCAGACAUACCUUGGCACUAAGCGCCAGAGUCUACAAGGAAUGGAUCGUACUUCAUCCGACGGCCGCAGUCCCAUGACACCCAAGACACCAGCGUUGGGUUCCUUGACUCUGGGUACCCCCGACUCUGGCAGUUUCCCCUCUCAACCAAUUCGCACCGGACUGCAAGCCCGCCACCAAAAGACUCUGUCUAACCAGUGGGACGGGACACCCGGUAGCGCACAGUCAUAUGUUGAAUCUUCUCCCAUCUCUUCACCCCCAGGUCAUCAAUCCCACCAUGCCGGCAUCUCCGAGAUCAUUAAAUCUGGUAAACAUGCUUCAUUGCCUGCCAAGGUCGACACCCAUCUUCCUGGUAGUGGGGACCUUGAAUCCCAGGAAGCCAAGCGCCGACGCCGCCGUGCAUCACACAACCUGGUGGAGCGCCGACGCCGCGACAACAUCAACGAACGGAUCCAGGAUUUGUCACACCUGGUCCCACAGCACCGACUGGAAGACGACAAGGUCCGAAAGCAACUUGUGAACACCAGCGCUCUCUCUAUGGCCGGUGCAGGCGGAAGCGCCGCCACAUCCCUCCUCGCCGGGGGCAACGGCCGCCGCGCGACGCCUGGCAAUAUCACCAUGGGACUUCCUAUUGAAGAGAAGGAAAAAGGACCCAACAAGGGCGACAUCCUCAAUGGUGCCGUCAGCUGGACUCGGGAUUUAAUGUGGGCCCUGCACGUCAAGUACCAACAAGAAGCGGAGCUAGCCGAGCAGAUCGCCAAUCUAGGUGGAACCUGGCCCUUCGAACCCACCGAGGAUGAGAAGCGCAUGCGUAGCGAGAUUCUCGACGCUCUCGAGAAGAAUGACCCUGCUUCCUUCAGCUAUACCCGUGGACCAGGCAGUGGUCUCCGCGUCCCCAAGCACACCAACAUCGCCGGCGAUGCUGUCCAAGGUGGCGACAUGUCCGGCUUGACCCCUCCCAGCCUGAGCCCCUCAUUCCACAGUGGUGCCAGCAGUGCCAACGGUGCCGGUCAACCUCAGUACUGGAACAGUGCUGGCCAUCAUGCCAUGAGCUUCAAGGAAGAGGAUGAAUAUGGCAUGGAGAUUUAG